AUGUCGACCCUAACCCGAGCCUUUACCAAGCGCCACAAACGCCCCGAAGUUUCCGCACCAAUGCCCUAUCGUGAGGGACAGGUCAAGUUCUCUGCGGGAACCAUCAAACGGGGAAAGAUUUCUGGACCUGUAGAGUUGUUAUCAACGACGAACAUGUUGGCGUACAAUGCCCCCGAUCUUCACUCGGCUGUCUCGUCGUCAUCCUCAUCAUCAUCCCUGCAGUCUCCUGAUGACUCGGAGAUUUCUUUCUCCCAGCGAAGCUUUGGCUCUCCGGUCACCACUCCCUCUGAUUCUCCAAUUGAGCCGAAUCCCUUGUCGUCAUAUUUCCCCAAGCGAUCCGCCACAGUUACCAGCCAUCCUCGCUCGUCGACCUCAACGGCUUCGUCGGCAGAUGCGCCUCUAGUUCCCAAGCGCGCGCUAUCGCACACGAAACGAUCCCAUCAAGAACUGGCUCGGCAGCGCUCCUUGUCUCGCUUCUCUCCACCACCACUCAAUUCAAUGCGCAGUAGUCCUUCCAUUAGAACGACACAAGACUUCUUCAAGCCAGAUCCCCAUCCGUUUGGAAAGGAACUGGAGCAGGUCAACGAGGUGGUUGAGGAGUUCAACAGCGCUAACACUCGUGUUCUUGAUGAGGAGGAGACUAUUCUGCUCAACAAGGGUCUCCGAAAAUUCGCAGCCAACGACUACCUCGUGGAGAUAGAGGAGCUUUAUGGCAGUAUCUUUGACGAUCAACUCGCGCCGGUUGGUGCUGGAGCAUGGUUUUAA